UGUCUUUCAGUCGCUUUCGUUCUAGUCUUUCCCUCUUCCCUCACCGUCUCUACCUUUCAUUUCGUUAUUACACAAACUGACGCAUCAAAACUACUUCUUCUUCUUCUCCUUGAGACGUUUUUGUUCAUCCUUUUUCUUAUGGUCUUAUCCAUCUGCUGCUCAAGGUUUUUCCCUACCCCUCUGUUUACCCUUUUUCUUUCUACUUCUUCUAAUUUCACAUUUUCUUGGAACUAGCUUUAUUCUGAUACAUACAUUCUUCCUUCGAUUAAUUGGAGCUUGGAGAAUCACCACUAUAUAGGAUUAUUAGUAUCGAAUUAUGAUGGUAAUCUUCAUUUUCAACCGCCGCUGGUUUAAACGGUGAGUCAAGUGGUUCGAAUGAGGGGCGAUGAAUUUGGACCGGCAUGGUUGGAGCCGAUGCUCAAGGCUAACUACUUCAAUACUUGCGAAGUUCAUGGGGAUUCAAACAAGAGCGAAUGCAACAUGUAUUGCUUGGACUGCAUGGGAAGUGCUCUCUGCUCUUACUGCUUGGCCAAUCACAAAGACCAUCGUCUUGUUCAAAUACGAAGAUCGUCCUACCAUAAUGUGGUGAGGGUGAAUGAAAUUCAGAGAUACAUCGACAUAUCUUGCAUUCAGACAUACAUUAUAAAUAGCGCAAAGAUUGUAUUUCUGAAUGAGCGGCCGCAGCCCAGACCUGGAAAGAGUGUUACCAAUACUUGUGAAAUCUGUGGCCGCAGCCUACUUGACUCUUUCAGAUUCUGCUCCCUCGGCUGCAAGCUGAAUGGUAUAAAGCGAGGCGAUGAAGAGUUGACAUUUACAGUGAAGGUGAAGAGUAAUCAAGGCUUAGAAUAUUCGGAUGAAUCAUCUACCCCUAAGAAGAAGCAACGCAGAGACAGAGUAAUGUUUGGGUUUCGUCAUCUGAAUAUUGAUCCAGGACAUGCAUGCUCCGAUGAGAAAUCGUGGGGCUCUAAUAAUUCUGCUGGAGAUGAAGAAGGUCAUUUGCAGAUGAUAUACAGUAUGUCUCCAGAUACGCCUCCUAUCUACAACCACAGGAAUUCAAGCAGGAGGAAGGGCAUUCCCCACCGUGCCCCUUUUUGAUACGCACAGUAAAACAGAGCUCCGUCACAUAUACAUAGUUCCUAAUUAUACAUACAAGCAUGUGCAUUAAUAGGUAUACAGGACAAACUAGGAGUAUGAUGCCACUAGCUAGCUAUUUAUGUUAUGCAUGUAUAUAUAGGAUGUUUUACUGAAUCCUUUUAUAUAUGGUAGUAAUUUACUUGCAGCUGUACGUAAUUAAAGAAUACAGGAACAAAGGAGGAAAAAAAAUGAUAUACCUAGUUGGAAAUUUAGUGAUGUAUAUAUUGUGGUUGAGAAGGAUAUUUGUACAUUUCUAGUUUUACCUCUUAAUUCUAUAUUUGCCCUUAUGGA